AUGUUUAUAAGCCUUUUUAUUCUUCUUCGUGUCUCUAAUCUUGAACGACAGUGUCUCACCAAGUUCCCUGCUCUCAUUCUCGACACUGAGACCGUAUUAGUCGGUGACUUUAUCCACCAACAGCCUAUGAAAACUUCGCUACCGCGCAAAACCAUCCAGGCUUCCUCUGAGGGAGACUGCACCAUCUCCACACUCCGCCCAUCAAGCAUCUAG